CAGACACAAAGAUGUACAGCCAGAAAAAAGGAACCACUGAGUAAAAGUCAGUCUUCAUCCCAGCUCUACACAGUCCGAGCACGUAUUUCAAGAUGAAGGUUUUGUUGCUGGGAGUGAUGCUGAUAUCAUGUGCAGAAAGUCGAGAAGAUCUAUCUGGUAAAAUGUUCACCUUUCCUCAGCAAAGCAGCAACAAUCAUGUGAGGCUGACUGCAUCUGCGCAGAAUUUCAGUGCUUUAACUGUCUGUCACAGGUCCAUCACAGACCUGAAGAGAGAUCAUGGCAUUUUCUCUAUGUCCACGUCUAGUCAUUCUAAUGCCCUCCUGAUUUUUUGGGAUUCUACAAAUACAGAGAUGGAGGCACACGUCUUGGACUCAGGUGCUGCGCAUAAUGGGGUGGACUACAAGCUGAACGCAUGGCACUCUAUUUGUACUACGUGGGACUCUACAACUGGACUAGUGCAGAUGUGGUUCAAUGGGCUACCUUUAAUUAGGCAAUUCACCAGAUCUGGGACAAGAAUUCUUGGACCCUUUAUAAUAGUGUUAGGACAGGAGCAGGAUUCCCACGGUGGGAGGUUUGAUGCCAAGCAGUCAUUUGUUGGAAUGAUGUCUGAUGUUCACAUGUGGGACUACGUCCUGUCUCCUUGUGAGAUUAGGAACUACGUCGACAUGAUAAACUUUACUCCGGGAAAUGUGCUCAACUGGAGGGCAAUGGAGUACCAGAUUAUUGACAAAGUCUUGCUGGAGAAACAACAAAAGAGCUGUCGCUGAACAUUCAGACAGGACAAGCCAUCCUGAGAGAGCAGGAAAAAAAUCACAUUAUCUGACUUAUACAUCCAUUGUGAAGGCAGACAGUCAAAGCCACAAUAAAUAACAAUUCAUAACAAUAAAUGAAAGGCAUGGCAGGAGUGGAAGUCAGAAGAGCUGAAAUGUAGCCUACAUGUUUUCGUAAAAAAUGUGAACAUGGAGUUACGGGGAAGGGCAAGAAAAGUGUUCUUUCAUCAAAUGAUAAUCAGUCGCUUUUAAUAAUGUACAUUUAACAUGCCAAAUGCAGUAUGCUUGUAGAACCAAUUACACUUGAUAAAUCAACAUAAUGUUUCUAUAAUUUCGUGUUCUAUGUGAACAAUCAUUUGACCAUAUUUUAAGAAUAAAUAAAUGAAGGAAUAAUGAA